CAGCUUCCCCUCGGAUUGCUCAACGCCGCCCAAGGCCACCCCAUGCUGGUCGAACUCAAGAACGGGGAGACUCUAAAUGGACACCUGGUCAUGUGCGAUACUUGGAUGAACCUCACCCUCAAAGAGGUCGUCCAGACGAGCCCGGAAGGCGAUAAGUUCAUGCGUCUCCCAGAAGUCUACGUCAAAGGCAACAACAUCAAAUACCUCCGCGUCCCCGACGAAAUCAUCGACCAAGUAACCGAACAGCAAAAGAACCAACAAGGCGGCUUCCGCGGCGGUCGCGGCGGCGGCGGCCACCACAACCAGUCAAGAGGCGUCGACCACCAUCACUCCGGCGGCGGUCGCGGAGGCGGCGGCGGCGGUGACAGGGGUCGCGGCGGAAGGGGUGGAGGCAGAGGGCGCGGUGGAAGGGGGGGACGUGGCCAGUAA